UUUGCCACGUUGCAAUUCUGACGGGUCACUUUUGUGAGAUAAUUAGAAUUAACGAAAAUAAUUUUUCACAACAGAAGUGUGUGCAUUGGAUUUGUUUGUCCAAUACUGUCCAAUACACAUACAGUACAUGUGCACACGCACUAGAUCCAUGUGCAUCAUGCGAAUGUUUUUACACGUCGUUUCAUAUAGUUAAUAAAUCUUUUCUGUGAGAACAAUAUGCUGAAUGCUGUAUUUCUAACACGUGUAACAAAAAUACACCUGUUCUUAUACGAGACAUUCAAGAGAAGUGAUAAGUCACGCGAGAUAACCUUUUCGUGCGGUGUGCAUCACGUUCGAAAGAGACAAUCGCACUCAUUUAAAGCCGGUAGUCCCUGGAGUGUGUUGUUUUUCGGCCAGGAUGAAUGUUCCAUGGAAAGCUUACGAGGCUUGUACAACGAGUACAAAGCUGAGAGACUUUGUCGAUUAGAAGUCGCAACGGUACCUACAAGAAAAAGGAAUUUUGUCCGACAAUUUGCGGAGGAGAAGGGACUUGUUAUUAACGAAUGGCCUCUUGCAACCAACCCGCAGGGUUUUCAUAUCGGGAUAGUUGUUUGCUUCGGCCAUCUGAUACCAUUAAGUAUCAUAAAUUCCUUCCCAUUCGGUAUGUUAAAUAUUCAUUUUAGUCUAUUGCCGCGAUGGAGAGGAGCAUCUCCAGAUAUUUAUGCUUUAAUGAACGGAGACACUCAGACGGGAAUUACAAUUAUGAAAGUGGCAGAGAAGUUUGAUACUGGAGAUAUAGUAGCACAGGAAAAAACAGAUAUUCAUGCAGAUGAAACUCGACCAGAAUUGAACAUGAAGUUAGCAAAGCUGGGUGCAAAUGUUUUGAUCGACGUGAUUAGAAAAUUGCCGCAAGUACUAUCUUCCUCGAGACCUCAGGGAAAAGUAGGCAUAACGUAUGGUAAUUUGUCUUUGCUGCUAAGUAACAAGAUACAUUGGUAUUUAAAUUAUUUCACUAAUAUUUCUCGAUGGUUACACUUUGUAGCACCUAAAAUUACAUCAAAGAUCGCUGUAGUGAAAUGGGACGAGAUGACGGCGAAGAAUGUUUAUGAUCUGCAUCGUGCUCUUCUAGGAUCGUAUUCGUUAAAAACCAAGUUUGAUGGCACGGGUAUAAAAUUGUUGGAUGUCCGGCAGACGUCGAUAUCGUCGACAGGUGUAAAAAAUGCGGAUGUACCAGGUUUUGCGAAAUUUGAUUGGAAAAGCAAACAGUUAAUUGUGACAUGUAAAGGACCAAGUUGGAUCUCAGUAACGAAAGUGAUUGUGGAAAAACGUUCAGUUAUGAGUGCACAGGCCUUUGCAAAUGGAUUUAUAUUAGGCAGAAAGAAAGAUGGCAUAUUAUUUCAGAGUAAUAUUACAUAAUCUACAGCGCUGCUUCUGACUCCAACGCUGUUCUUUUGUAAACCUAUGACAAUUUCUUUCAGAAGUAGAUAAUGAACAUUAAAUUUUUAUUUACUACAAUAGUAAGUUUAACUUAGAAUGUACAAAAUGUAAUAUUGACGCAGUGACUGUUGCAAGAAUCAAAAAUUACUAAUUAUAUUUAAAUGCUUUUUAAAAUAAUUGAUACGAUGAAUUUUUCAUUUCUGAUUUUCUAAUUUCGCAUUUAAAAUAGUAUCAUUCUUGUCUCAUGCGAAAAUAUUCUUUUGUAUAUUCCUUUUCUUCUAGCUAUAUAAUUUCAAUAUCUCUUUUUCGUAGAAUUGUUAUAUAAAACUACAAAGCAUUACGAAAAAAUCAGUAAAAGAAAUAAUGAGAAAUAAGUAGCGCGAACUAUGCUAAGAUUCAAAUAAACCAGUUUUAAGUGGAACUUGUAGAUUUUCAUAGAAUUCGUUUUUCUUUAAAUUACAGAAAAGUAUGUCUGUUCUAUGUUUUCGUGUCUU